AUGAAAAUGGUGAUACAGCUCUAAAUUUGUCAUUAAAAACUGACAAUUUAUUUUCUGUUAGGCAUUUAAUAGAAUUAGAAGCUUAGUUAGAAUAGGGAAGUUAUUAAGGAAAUAAUUCCACUCUUGCUUUAGAAAAUAACUUACCUAAUAUUUAAAUUUAAUUUAUCCAAAAUUAAAUUCUUCAAUAUUUACUGA